UGUUCCAGCGAGCAGGUACUUAAACUCUUGAACGAUGGAUCCACUUAUUACUGCUUCUGUAUGGAAAAAAGGCUGGAAUUAUUGAGGAAAGAGGUGAUCAAGUGUGGACAAGUACCCAAGUACAACAGGUGUCAGCAUUUUGCUAAGGAUAAAAUUAAGGAAAUGCUCCUGAAGGACUCGACUUAUUGUAUUAGAUUUAAGUUGUCGUCCACGUCGGAAGCCUUUCGUGACAUAGUUUACGGAGAUGUGUUGCAUGAUAUUACCAAGUCUGAAGGAGAUCCAGUUAUCAUAAAAUCAGCUAUCCGAUCUUUAUGUAGAAAAAGCAGGGGCGCAUUUUAAUCAACUGUUGAAAAGAUAUGGAUCACCAAUAAUUAUAUUAAAUUUAGUAAAAAAACGGGAAAAAAAGAAACAUGAAAGUACAUUAAGCGAAGAAUUAAGUAUGGCUGUGAAAUAUUUGAAUCAAUUCCUACCUCCCGAGCAUCACAUUCAAUAUAUAAGUUUUGAUAUGGCACGUAUGAGUAAAAG